GCUUUGAAUAGGGAAGUUUUGCAGGGGUUACGUUUGCAGUCAGUUCAGUGUUUGCAAAUAUUGUGUAGGUUCCUGAGCAAGUCUCGGUGAUCCAGGAGAAUCCGAAUUUGAGGCGUCUAAUUGCUGUGCAAUUGAGUUUGCAUGAAACUUUCACCUCCUCUGCAGGAAUUGACUCUUGUGAUUUCGGGAGAGAGUUUUCCAUCUCUCUGACUACAGACCACACACCUCCCUAUUUUUACAACAGAAUUGACUUUAUUUUCCAACCCGACAUGGAUGUACUCCCAAUGUGCAGCAUCUUCCAGGAACUCCAGAUUGUGCAUGAAACGGGUUACUUCUCAGCUUUACCGUCCCUGGAAGAAUAUUGGCAACAGACCUGCCUGGAAUUGGAACGUUAUCUCCAGAGCGAACCCUGCUACGUAUCAGCAUCAGAAAUCAAAUUUGACAGCCAGGAAGAUCUGUGGACCAAAAUCAUUCUGGCUCGAGAGAAAAAGGAGGAAUCUGAACUGAAGAUUUCUUCUAGUCCUCAAGAGGACACUCUCAUCAGCCCGAGUUUGAGUUACAAUUUGGAGACCAACAGCUUGAAUUCGGAUGUCAGCAGCGAAUCAUCUGAUAGCUCGGAAGAACUUUCACCCACUACUAAGUUUACCUCCGACCCGAUAGGCGAAGUUUUAGUCAGUUCAGGAAACCUGAGCUCCUCAGUCACUUCCACUCCUCCUUCUUCUCCAGAACUGAGCAGAGAACCUUCUCAGCUGUGGAAUUGUAUACCCGGGGAAUUGCAUUCCCCGGGUAAAAUUCGUAGUGGGACUGUGGGAAAGCCUGGUGACAAGGGCAGUGGCGACGCCUCCCCGGAUGGCAGGAGGAGAGUCCAUCGGUGCCACUUCAAUGGCUGCAGAAAAGUUUACACCAAAAGCUCCCAUUUGAAAGCACACCAGCGCACUCAUACAGGAGAAAAGCCUUACAGAUGCUCAUGGGAAGGAUGCGAGUGGCGCUUUGCAAGAAGUGAUGAGUUAACCAGACACUUCAGAAAGCACACUGGUGCCAAGCCUUUUAAGUGUUCUCACUGUGACAGGUGUUUCUCCAGGUCUGAUCACCUGGCCCUUCACAUGAAGAGACACCUCUGAGAGAGCAGAGAGGCGAAUGCUGUGGGCUAAAAGGCGUCAAGGCUGAGACCCAGCCUUGGAAGGAGGGAGGGAUGCGUGUUCCAGCCAAAGCAUGCCAUUUUGCGCCCUACCCAGUUGCCUCCAGGACCUCUCCUUGGAAGGUCUAUCGAGGGCUAAAGGUCAUGUAAGAAGCGGCAUAGCAACCAUGGUGCAUGAUGUUUGGGUGAUCCUGGACUCGUCACUGGUACCUAACCUUCUGAGUGGCUCCUAAGCCUUUGCCGUGAGCAUGUGCACUGAGAAUGUUAAUGGGUGGGUUGACUGUAUGUUGAGGAUCUAUUACUGAUUGUAUGAUGAGGCCAACUUUUUUUCCUUGUGGUAGUGGAACUACAAGAGACAGAAAAAAAGGAGUUUGUAUGUUUUGUGUGUAAGAAGUAUACCAUGAGAUGAGAUGACCACCAAUCAUUUCCGGGGUGGGGGGUGGGGAGGGUGGUAUCUGCACCUUAGAAAAAAACAAAAAACACAAAAAAAGAAGGACAAAUAUGGAGGGCGGGGUUGGGCAGUCAGGACCCCUGAGUGGCGAGUGGGUGUGGGGAGGGGGAGCCCCUCUCUGGUGUGAGAGGAGCUUUUGGUGUCUGGUGCAGCUAUUGAACGUGCAAUGUGUCAAGUAGCUUGUUUUACUUGCUACAGAGCUCAUUUGUAAUCCAUUGUAUAAGCUGUGUAUUUACAGAUAUAACACAAUUAUAACUUCUCCUUAUAAUACAAAAGUAAUGCAUGGUUCUGGGGAACUUGAUGCUUUUCCAUUUUCAAUCAGGACUGCAAUUCUGAUUCCAGUUAAUGAGCAGCUAAGAUUGAAUUUGUCUGAUACGGUGAUUCCUAGCCAUCUUGGCCUGGCAAUACACAAAUUUUGUUUCCCCUUUCAAUUUUGUAACACUGCCCUUCCAGAAAGGUGUUGCGUAGCCUAGAAUUAUUUUUUACAUGAUUGUGAAUUUGAAUUAUCUUUUUGGAGAAUUUUGUGAUGCCAUUUGAAGAAAUCGGACCCGUGUUGGGGUAUCAGGAAGCCAGGUUGGGAAUUGCUGGUCUAAUGUUACAUUAGAUGAAGAACCUAAAAUUUUCCUCAGUUGGGUGGAUGAAACCACUAAAAGCUUAGAAACUGUUUUUCUCAUGCAGCUAAGUUUCUCUUAUUUAUGCCUCGAGGACUAAUUUCUGGUGUUUUAGCUGUUAAUGCACUGUUGACCUUAAUAAUGGUGCCUUAUGCAAGUGACCCCUUAUGUGCGGGGGUCUUAUACAGGGGUAUGGGUGAUGCAUGCUUAAUUAAGGCUCUUUUCUCACCUGGCAUUGUACUGUAUCAAUGUAUAAUACAGAAAAAAAAAAAAUCCUUUUAAGGUCCUCCUUCACAAAGACAAAUAGAGAGAUGAGAACUCCCUUGACAUGUCAGUAUUUGUUUGAUAUUUUAGCCAACAUGACUGUCACUGUUACAACGGAAAACAUGUCAUAGUGGAAAAAUCUGACCAACUCUGCCACCGUGAGACUGUCACACAGACCUUGCACAACAAUUGUAUAGAAAACACACCCAGCUGUAUUUAAUAUGUACCAUUUGCACACAUAUUAAAGAUACAGAAGUAUAAAAAAAAAAAAAACAAUGCUUAAAUAUUUGCUUCAAAGGCACAAGUUUCACAUAUCUAUCUAGUUAUCUGUUGGCAAUACAGAAAGUAUACUACUUUUUGUAAAAAGUGGGCGGAAUUCUUGUGUAUGUAUAUUUGUGUGUAUAGUAUGUGUAUGUGUGUAUAUAUAUAAAUAUAUAUAUAGAUAAUAUAUAAAUAUUUUUUUUAAGGAGAAACUAGAAUGUUUAGCUAGAAAAUUCCACAGCCUGUGAAUAUUUCAAAAUGGCCAUAAAGGAGGUAAAAUGAAAACUAUAAUUUUUAUAGCGGCUUUACCUUUAAUGAUUUGCUGAAGACGUUUUUGGCUUAACAUCUAUUCCAGGCUGUUGACUUUGGUGUUAUCAUCAUGGGCAUGUCUGGAAUAGGAUACCUUUGGCCAUUAAAAAUGGCACAGACAGAAUACCGGCACACUAGUUGGACUCAAACACACUAAGGUUUUGAUUUUGAAUUUCAGCCUUAUUAGAAGAUCUAACCUAACAGUAAGCUAAUUACAGGGAUUCUUUUUUAGAACACUUUUUAUGCAGAUGAAGCUAUUUUUUUCCAGCAUGUAGAGUCUCCCAGUUUUUGAAACGAGUAAUUUCCCCAGAUUGGCAUACCGCAGCAUGGGCAGCUGGUAUUUCAUCCAGCUGUUGGCUUGUGGGUGUGGAUCUUUAUAUAUAUAUAUAUACACACACAUAUAUAUAUAUACACAUAUAUGAGUCUGGCUGUGCUGGUAUUUUGUUUGAUCUUCCUGGAAACGAGCAAUGAUUAAAGCUCCCAAUACUGGUUUUUUAUCUGGUCGAAGGUAUACAUUGACCUAAAUAACUCAUUCCAUUUCACUUAGGGGGAAAAUGCACUUUUCUUUUGGCAAUUCCAAAUCCAGGCAUUUGAUUUGCUGGGUUUUGGAAAACUCCUUUUUUGGCAUGCUGUGUGCUUCGCCAUAACAAUUCCAUGAAGCAAGAAGGUAAACAAAAGGAAAAAAAAAAAAAACAAAACUUGCACUGGCUUGUCUGUCUCACUUACGAAA